UGCUGCUCCUAGGUUCGGUGCCUCCUUGGCGGGACGGUCUCUCUGCAUGAUGCCGCAAGCGUUUUGACCAGAUUUCGGGCCGCUGCGGUCACUGCAGAGGCCAAUGAGACUGAAACGUGGCAAUGGCGGUGUGAGAAGAGGACUGCUCGGCGAAGACCUGUUCCGAAUGUCCGGCAGCUCCAUGGAGGCACUAGCGGCCAGUAGGAGCAGCCGAAGCAGCAGCGAGGAGAGGCCGCGCUCAACGCCUCCCCGGGUCGACACGGCACGCUCAUGGCUGGCGGCGGCCGCGUGCUCGGGCUACUCGUUCUUCACCUGGUUGCCCGUCGUGUGUUCGGCCGUGCUGUACGCCGGAUACAUGGACCAGUACCCGGAGGUGGCACGCAGAGACGCCUCGUGGCCGUUCACCAUCAUGCUCGUCGUUAUCAAUGUCGGAGGCAAGCAAGUGCGGUAUUCGCGGAAGAAAAUUGUUAAAAAGAUCCUUGCUUGCGAAGGACGCUAUCCUUCGUUACCUUUGCGAAUGGCUUCUAUGUGGGCUAAAGCUAGGCUGCACAUCGCGCGGCGACUAGCAAUUGAGCGCAGUAACUAA